AUGACCCAUAGCAUAGAUUAGGAAAGUGAAAUUGAAAACAUUAAGAGAAAAGAGAAUGCAGUCAAGUAGGGUGCUCUUGUGCUCAUCCACCAAUUCAUUGUCGGGGUCAGCCGUCACUCCCACACUUGCCUCUUUUCCCAGAUUCCCAGCACCACUCUCAGCAAAGAUCGCAAACUCAACAUCAUCAUCAUCAUCAUCCUCCUCGAUUCGCUUCCAAAAUUCUCCACCACUCCGCUCCACUGCUUCUUCUUCUUCUUCCUCGAAUAUGGCUUCGCAAGACCCGCGCAUAGCAACAAUCUCCUCUGCGAUCCGAGUCAUUCCUGAUUUUCCCAAGCCAGGUAUCAUGUUCCAGGAUAUAACCACUCUGCUUCUUGAUCCCAAGGCUUUCAAGGAUACCAUUGACUUGUUUGUUGAGAGGUACAGAGAUCAAAACAUUUCUGUUGUCGCAGGCGUUGAAGCAAGAGGUUUUAUAUUUGGCCCUCCCAUUGCAUUAGCCAUUGGUGCAAAAUUUGUCCCCAUGAGGAAACCCAAGAAAUUGCCAGGACCGGUUAUCUCAGAAGAGUAUUCGUUGGAGUAUGGAACUGAUAAAAUUGAGAUGCACGUGGGGGCUGUACAAGCUGGAGAACGAGCCUUGAUCAUAGAUGAUCUUAUUGCUACUGGAGGAACGUUAAGUGCUGCAAUUAGGCUACUAGAACGUGUUGAGGUGCAAGUUGUUGAGUGUGCUUGUGUGAUUGAAUUACCAGAGUUAAAGGGGCGGGAAAGGCUGGGCGACAAGGCGCUAUUCGUCUUAGUUAAUGGAUCUUGAUAUUUACUCUGGUGAUUGUCUUUUAGUUAUUAACCAUUUGAGAUGGCUCUUGGGGGUUAUACGCUUAGUUCUACUUAAUUUUCCUUUUAAACUUUCUAUGUGCCGCUUUUGGUUUGAAACUCUUAAUUUAUAGUGAAGAGCCAUUUGAGAGCUCAGGCUCGAGUUCCAUGCAACAUUACCCUAUUUUUAUAUUGAGGAAAUGAUGGCUGUAAUAAAGUUCUUGUUUGCCAUUUGGUAUCACAAGAUCCUAAGUUUAGGAUUAUUAUUAUACUAUGAGUUGUAUUGGGAACGUGAAUCCUACAUGAUGGAUUUGGGUCCCCUGUGGUUUCAAAAUAUAUCACCGGGACCAUUUGAUAUUA